GUAACCUCGAAACUGUGCUUGUCGUCUUCAAAACGGCAAAAAACCAUCCAUUUUAUGUGAAGUAUUAACUCUGUUACACAGUACACGAAAAACACAAAACACACCAUCCCCACAAAAAACCCAAAACACACCAUCCCCUGCGUGCAAAAAUAUAACAUGGGAAGGAACGUAGACUUAGGGACAGAUAGGCAUUAAUGUGUUACUGUUAGUUACUUAUACCAAAGCCUAGUAUUCUUGCCAGUCCCAUUUACCCUUUGUUGGCAAAUUUGGAUCUUUGCGAUUUCCAUUCCCAAAAUCAGCAUUGCAAAUUGCAAUAGCUGUUAGAUUUGACAAGGACCCACCAAAGCCUUCAACACAGAGUUCUAAAUAUUUAUAUCAUCUCAUCUUGUAGUGCCAUGGCCACCACACCCUUUUUUCUUUCUAUACCAAUUGUGCAAUGCAAAAAGAUAAGCAAGUUUUGUGCUAAAGACAUUUUAAACCCAACUGCGGAUUGACAAGAAACUCUCUCUCUCUCUCUCUCUCUCUCUCUCUCUCUCUCUCUCUCUCCAACUUUUCUUUCUUUCUUUCGCUGAUUCUUGAUACCUUUAGGCCUUAUCUCUCUCAUUUCCUAAGGUUUGGAACUAUAUGUAGACCCAAAAAUUUAAGAAGAAAGUUGCUGAUACAGAAUCAGAUCUUCUUAUUAGUCUUUCUUGCAUAGUUUCUGGGAAUUAUGGAGACCAUACAGCAUAGAGACACUAGGGAAAAAUUUGUGGACAAGCAUGAAGAUAGCAAGUUAAAACAAGAAGGAAAAGGAGAAUUACCAGCAGCCAAGCAACUAUUACCCACCAUUUCCCCUGCCUCACCACCUUCAGCUUCUUCCUCUCCUUCUCAUGAAUUCUCCUUCACAAUCUCUCUUCAUUCUUCCUCAACACCAGUCCCUGAUAAGGCCAAAGCCCCUCCUCCUUCAUUUGCUAUUGAUUUGUCUCCAGCAGAUGACAUUUUCUUCCAUGGCCACUUGCUUCCUCUCCAUCUUCUCUCUCACCUUCCUGUCUCUCCUCGCUCUUCCACCAAUUCCUUGGACAGCUUUACCCUUCCCAUCAGAGAAUUACUAGAUGAUAAAAAAUCCAACAGGAGUAACAACAAUCCCAGCACCAGCCAUGGAAAUAGCAGCAACAUCAGGAACAACAAUAAUAGCAGCAGUAAUAAAACAAAUCAACAUCAAAGCAGCAAUUGGGAGACAAAGGCUAGAAGCAAGCCUAAGCCUUUCUCUUUAUUCAGUUGGCGAAAAGGUUGUGAAGUUAGAAAAUCAGAAGACAAAGAGAAGCAAAAGAAAAAGCUGAGAUUCGAAGUAAGUCAUAUACUAAAGAGGUACGUACGAAUGGUUAGGCCACUAUUGUUCUUUAAAGGAAGGAAACAGAAUCCCCGUAUACACAGGCAAACCUACUCGUUUUCAGGCAAUUUAAGCUUGAGAAAUAAGCAGGAGUUGCGAGGAGAGAGAGGAGAGUUCUCUGCACCUGCUUCCAUGAGAACAUCUCCAACAAACAGUGGUCUUCUUGUAGCAACUGCAGCCCUUCCUUCUCCUACUAGUGAUAGUACCAUGGAGGAAUUGCAGGCUGCAAUUCAAGCAGCAAUUGCUCAUUGCAAGAACUCCAUUGCUGCUGAAGAGAAGAUUAAGUGCUAAGCAAUAUUAUAUUUGAUUUUCCAAUUUUUAGCACUCAGUUUCUUUUACUAUUUGUUUUAUAUAUUAUAUAUAAUAGCAGGAAAUGAAUUUGAAACUUAUAAUAAUAAUGAAGAUGGUUUUGAGUUUAGAGGAUUAA